AAUGGAAAUAUUUUUUUUUAAAGUGCUAGAAAGUACACAUAAGUGAUUCUUUCUCCCUUGGCAUUAUUUUCUUGCGUCUCACUCCAUUACUCUUCCGUUAUAUUCCAUUUCUUUCUUUUGUAAUUGCAGAAUACUUAGUAUUGAAAGCUCCACGGCUAUGGCGGCCUCUGCUCUACUAAUGGACCCGAAACCUUUGGAGCCACCGCCCUCUUUCCCCUCGACGAGAGCUGACCCAUGUCUCUCCGAACAGUACCUCUCCUCCGACGAGGACGAUCUCUACAGUCGCCUCAAGUCACUGCAACGCCAGCUCGAGUUCAUCGACAUCCAGGAGGAGUACGUUAAGGACGAGCAAAAGAAUCUCAAGCGAGAACUCCUUCGUGCCCAAGAAGAGGUUAAGAGGAUCCAAUCGGUUCCCCUCGUCAUUGGCCAGUUCAUGGAAAUGGUUGAUCAGAAUAAUGGGAUAGUGGGCUCAACCACCGGCUCCAAUUACUACGUCAGGAUUCUCAGCACCAUCAAUCGGGAGCUUCUCAAGCCCUCUGCCUCUGUUGCUUUGCAUCGCCACUCGAAUGCCCUUGUUGACGUUCUUCCUCCUGAGGCCGACUCCAGUAUUUCCCUUCUCAGCCAGUCAGAAAAGCCCGAUGUCACCUAUUCUGAUAUUGGUGGAUGUGACAUUCAGAAGCAAGAAAUCCGUGAAGCUGUGGAACUACCGCUUACUCACCAUGAACUAUACAAACAAAUUGGUAUAGACCCUCCGCGUGGUGUUUUGCUCUAUGGUCCUCCUGGCACUGGUAAAACUAUGCUUGCCAAGGCUGUUGCUAAUCACACAACUGCUGCCUUCAUUAGAGUUGUCGGUUCAGAGUUUGUUCAGAAGUAUUUGGGUGAGGGCCCUCGUAUGGUUCGUGAUGUCUUCCGUCUUGCCAAGGAAAAUGCUCCAGCAAUUAUCUUUAUUGAUGAAGUAGAUGCUAUAGCUACUGCCAGGUUUGAUGCUCAAACUGGAGCUGAUAGAGAAGUUCAGCGUAUACUUAUGGAGCUUCUCAACCAGAUGGAUGGAUUCGAUCAAACAGUGAAUGUGAAGGUUAUCAUGGCUACUAAUCGAGCUGAUACAUUGGAUCCUGCACUUCUGCGUCCUGGACGGCUGGAUAGGAAGAUUGAAUUUCCUUUGCCUGAUAGAAGGCAGAAGAGACUUGUUUUUCAGGUUUGUACGGCGAAAAUGAACUUAAGUGACGAAGUGGAUUUGGAGGACUAUGUAUCAAGGCCUGAUAAAAUCAGUGCUGCUGAGAUUACAGCUAUAUGUCAAGAAGCAGGAAUGCAUGCUGUUCGGAAGAACAGGUAUGUCAUCCUUCCAAAGGAUUUCGAAAAGGGAUACCGAACAAAUGUGAAGAAGCCUGAUACCGACUUUGAAUUCUACAAGUGAAGAAGUUAUGUUGGACUUUUCCAGUGCUUGCUGUUUCGAAGAUCUCGUGUACUGAAACUCCUGAAUCUACUUGUACUAGCACGCUGUUGUUUGAACAUAUUUUUCCUAUCAUUUUAGCCAAAAAGGGAAAAACUAAAUUACAUGUUCUGAUUUCAUUUGCUGCUCCACCACACUCCCCUUGACAUAGUAUCUAUUUCUUAUGUUCUUUAUGUAGUGGUAGUAGAGAGCUCAGAGCUCCCUUUCCUGUAGGUUGCUGGGCCUGUUUGAUGCAUUUCAUUAUUCAUUGAGAAGAAUUUUUAUAA